GCGAGCGCGUGUCAGAGUGUGUGUGUGUGUGUGUGUGGAUGUCGGAGGGAGAACAGAGAUAAAAGAGAGAGAGAGAAAGGGAGGGAGAGGCGAGCAGCGUUUCUUCUCCCCCCCUCUAGCCUCCCCGUCUCCCUGCUCCCUGUCACUCCAUCCUUCCUCCCCUUCUCCUGGACCACCCUCCAGCCCUGCUCCGAGCCGGACCGAGACCCCCCCCAUCCCAUCCCCCCCUCCUACAUCCCACCCAGACCACCCCGGGACCCUUUGACUCUCCUCACUUCUCCGUCCCAGCAACCACAACCUCUGAGCAGCUAUUCCUCACCUGCCUCCCCCCCACCUCAUCCCCAGGAGUGCUGUCUGUGGAAAACAUCUGCACAGAAUCCAUGAAAUACAUGUUCCAGAAUUGAUUUGAUCGAAGUUCACCUCUGCAGCUGAGGCGCAGCCAAGUUCAUCGGCCGGACACCACCCCCCCGAUUCUGCUGGAAAGCUGCCCGCCACAGGUCACAUGACCUGGAAGAAAAAACCAAGGAGACUUUCGGGAUCCCUCUACGCAUGGGCUGGCUCUCUACCUGAGGGGAAGUCCAGAGGCUGAUGAGCUGACCUGUGCCUGUGUGAGACCACACCGCUCUGCUGCCCUGUAUGCCCUGGGCACACGACACCCAGCACUGAUCUGGUGACCGGCUGGCUGGAACACCCCCCUCCUCCUUCUCCUUCUGAGGACAUCCCAUUCCAGGACCCCGUCAUACGCCCCCUCCCAAGCAUGGAGCCCACCAAAGUCCAGUCCGAGGGUGGCCUCAAUGUCACCCUCACCAUCCGCCUCCUCAUGCAUGGAAAGGAGGUGGGAAGUAUAAUAGGAAAGAAAGGGGAAACAGUGAAAAAGAUGCGAGAAGAGAGCGGAGCACGGAUCAAUAUUUCCGAGGGAAACUGUCCAGAGAGGAUUGUCACCAUCACUGGACCAACAGACACCAUCUUCAAGGCGUUUGCCAUGAUUGCCUACAAAUUUGAGGAGGACAUAAUCAAUUCCAUGAGCAACAGCCCAGCAACCAGCAAGCCCCCUGUCACCUUGAGGCUGGUUGUGCCAGCCAGCCAGUGUGGCUCCCUCAUAGGGAAAGGAGGCUCCAAGAUAAAAGAAAUGAGAGAGUCCACAGGGGCCCAGGUCCAGGUGGCAGGGGACAUGCUGCCCAACUCCACAGAACGCGCUGUGACAAUCUCCGGGACCCCAGAGGCCAUCAUCCAGUGUGUCAAACAAAUCUGUGUGGUGAUGCUGGAGUCCCCACCAAAAGGUGCCACCAUCCCGUAUCGCCCAAAGCCGGCCUCCACCCCAGUCAUUUUUUCAGGUGGUCAGGCCUACACAAUUCAGGGACAGUACGCCAUACCACACCCAGAUCAGUUGACCAAGCUCCACCAGUUGGCUAUGCAGCAAACCCCCUUUACCCCUCUCGGACAGACCACCCCUGCUUUCCCUGGUUUGGAUGCCAGUCCACCGGCAAGCACCCAUGAACUCACCAUUCCUAAUGAUCUCAUAGGCUGCAUUAUCGGACGCCAGGGAACCAAAAUAAACGAGAUUCGUCAGAUGUCCGGGGCGCAGAUCAAAAUUGCAAACGCCAUGGAGGGCUCGUCUGAGCGCCAGAUCACCAUCACAGGGACUCCGGCUAACAUCAGCCUGGCUCAGUAUCUCAUCAACGCAAGGCUGACGUCUGAAGUCACUGGAAUGGGCACACUCUAAUUUCUACCCACACCCCCCCCACACACACACACAUCCCCCAGUGCAUCACAUGACUUCUCCCCCCAAAUAUUAAGUGACUUUUGAAAUCGUAUCGUUUCCAGUAUUUCCCAGUAAAGACCAGUAUCUGCACUGUUCCACCUGCUGUAUCUGAAACACUGCUGUCUCUGAUUCUGAAAGGUCACUUUGAUUUCUCACACGUUUUGUUUCACCUCAUGUUUUCACAUCACGUCACGUUUUUGCCCUGCAGGCGCCUGAGAGUUUAUGCAAAGAUCGGUGUCACGUUUGAAACCGAGGUUUUUCCCUCCUCCAUCACACGCUUACACGUUAUAUAAGACCAGUAAAGAGAUUCAACACGAAUCGUCAACAAGCCACGAUUUAACCAGAUAUUUUGUAUUUCACGCUGAUUUCACGAGUGGUGAAAUGGGUGUUUUACUGUGUGCCUGUAGACAUUUGCCUGUUUGACUCUUGUGAUGAUCUGCACUCUAGAUUGUUCUGCAUGAUGUACUUCAGAUUCACUUUGACAUUAAAUGUGUGAAAACGGAGAGAGAGGGAUAUGGAACAAACCAUGAACAGUCUGCAUAUGACCUGGACUGGUCCAGUGUGAUAUUACUGUACCUUCUGGGUAAAAGCCAGUAAAGAUCCACUCUACUGCACAAUUAUCAUUCUUUUCAUGACUUUCACGACACAAAGAUUAGAUAAAUAAUACGACUGCAGCAAAGAGUGAAAUUCAACUGCAUGUUAGCGAUUUUGCCGCAUUUUUAUUCACCUGUAUUCCAAUCACACGUACUGGUUUGUUACUUAUUUAUCUCAAAGCGACUAAGUAGCAGAUGCAUGGCCUGGGAAUCAUCCAUGGAAUAUAUUUGCGCUCAUGUUUAGCGAGUGCGAUUCCCAGUUUGUGUCCAAAGGGCUUAAGAGCUCCUGGGCAGCCAGACUCUCAUUUGUCAAUCACAUGUAUUUUUCAGCUCCUUCCUCGAAGAAGCUCAUUACAGUUUGGAAGUCACCAAAUCACUGCAGGCACUGAAGAGGUUGUGGGUUUUCUGUUUGUCAUGUAGAAAACAUACCUGCACUCGUUACUGGCUUUGCAGAUAUUCUCUACAUAUAUAUUUGUACGACUCUCUGCAUUGGUCAUCCACUGUAAAGCCCGGGCCAUGCUGGGUGUGUGAGGGGAUGGUUCACCACAGUCUACAUGUCACGAGCAUCUCUACAGUUACCCUGUCGCUCUUCUGCAUGGUCAGAGGCCGACUCAAGAUCCAGUUGGUCAAUCUAAAGCUGAAUGUAUUUAAAAAAAUGUAUUUUAUCCACCGACAUUUAUACACUGGGUUAAAAACACUUCAAUCAGGUUGAAUAUGAUACUUAUCUGAAUGUGUUGAAUGUCAUGAGGUCGGGCAGCUUAGUACUUUUAGUACACUAGAUACAUACAGUGUUAUGUAACAUGUUGAAUAUGAAGCAUAAACUUGCAGCAAGAGUUUUCCUGUGUUUCAGGCUAUACGAUGAAAUAGAAGUAAAGUAUAUCUCCAAUAACACUGACACGGCUGGGAUUUAAUGAUUGCAGGUAUAACAGAUAUUUGUACUCCACAUUAGCUUAACACACUUGUGCUUUUUGCCCCCCCACACACACACACUCCCCCCACACUCCCCCCAGCCUGGCUCGUCAUAACUCCAGCUCUAAUUAUAGAAAACAACAUCUGGGCCUCGCUGUUGGUGUCAUCGCGGUUUUUACGCUCAGAUACUUGGAUUGUGAUUAGGUUUGAUUACACAUGAUGACUCUGUAAUGUGUCAUCAUUAAAACAAGGCUGCUUGUGCCACACAUCGCUCCAGCUAAACACAAUCACAUCACACACGUACAAGUCCAUACAUUAGAACACAUCUGGCUGCAUCAAGAUGUGCUUCAGUUGAGCAAUCUGAGGAAAGGCUGAUUGAGGGUGUAAAGAUUUUUAAUAAAAGGAAAAACUUCCAGUUAUCUGCAGAGUCUGAUCAUUGAAGGAGUUUGCAGGUUCGAGGCCAGUUUAGGGAUCGUGACCCAUUUGCAAACAUCUCAGUUGCCUUUUUUCUUUUUUAAUUUGUCAUAUUUCGAUCCGUCACGUUCAUCUCAUCAUUUUCAUCCACCUCUCCUGUGUUGCUUCUGUAAUUUCCAGUGCUAUAUUAAACAAUUUUUUUGUUACUGUGCAAAAAUUGUAAAGUUAGCAGCGAGGUGAUAUAAAUAAUGCUGUUUGAAGAAAUGUGUCAGAUCAUGUUUAUGCUUGAUCAUUUGCUUUUCUUGGAGAUCUGUAUUGGAUUUAUUAUUUAUGGAGGUUGACUCUGAAAUGUUUUGUAAGAAGAAGAGAAUAAAGUUUGUUUUUCUUUUCCCUUGA